GUGUGUGACUUUUCUUCCGUCUCUCCGGUGCUGAUUCCAGUACGAGGCCCACGUGUGUAGUUAUUUCUUGUUUCAACGUAUGCCCUUACGGUGAAACUGUAGAGCAAAUGUCGUCGUUCGAGCAGAUGAGGGCGAACGUGGGGAAGCUCCUGCGAGGAAUCGAUAGGUACAACCCAGAAAACCUGGCUACACUGGAGCGCUAUGUGGAAACACAGGCUAGAGAGAACGCCUAUGACCUGGAGGCCAACCUGGCUGUUCUUAAACUGUACCAAUUUAACCCAGCCUACUUCCAGACCCAGGUGACCUCACAGAUUUUGCUCAAGGCUUUGACGAACCUGCCACACACCGACUUCACUCUCUGCAAGUGCAUGAUUGACCAAACACACCAGCAAGAGGAGCGCCCCAUCAGACAGAUCCUCUACCUGGGGAACCUGCUGGAGACGUGCCACUUUCAGAGCUUCUGGACAAGUCUUGAGGAGAACAGAGAACUCAUCGACGGCAUCACGGGCUUCGAGGACUCUGUUCGCAAGUUCAUCUGCCAUGUUGUGGGCAUAACCUACCAGACCAUUGAGCACCGGUUACUGGCUGAGAUGCUAGGAGACCCCCUGGAUACGCAGGUGAAGAUGUGGAUGCAUAAAUAUGGAUGGACGGAGAACGAGGAUGGACAGAUCUUCAUAUACAACCAGGAGGAGAGCGUGAAGCCCAAGAAUAUAGUUGAAAAGAUCGACUUUGAGAGUGUAUCAAGUAUCAUGGCUACAUCUCAGUGAUACACACUCAUACCAGAAUCAACAGAAACUCCCUUUUAUCAUUAAAAUAAUGUUACAUUUA